AUGGAUCCUAUGACAGAUCGGCUUCCCAUAUCUUUUGAACUUUCUUCAACAUCCUUCAGGCCAAAGCUAACUCGCACGAGUGCAAGCAAAGUCAGAACUGGCUGUGUCACCUGCAAAAAACGCCAUGUCAAAUGUGAUGAAGCAAAACCUCAGUGUCGAAAUUGUGUGAGGAACAAUCGGCAAUGUGAAGGUUACGCCAUCCCGGAUAGAAAGCGGAACAAGGGGCCAGGUCAAUUUCAAUGGGACUCGAAACAAAUUACCUGGGCAGCCCCCCCGAGGACUCAACUUCAUCUUGUUCAAGAUUCUCUCGACUUUCGAGACGCCCAGAGUGUUCUUUAUUUUGAUGAGUUUGUGCAAGUUGUGCAGAGUCCGUGGAUCUCUGCUGGGUUCAACAGUGAUUUAUGGUCUAUGACAUUACCCCAAGUGGCACGUACCAACGAUAUUGUACGGCAUGCUGCGAUAGCGAUCGGCGCAUUGAGCAAAUGGCUUACUAAGUCGAAAUAUGAUUCACUUGGUUCGUUGCUGUCGGCAGACAAUGAAGCCGCGCAGGAGGAUCCGGACUAUUUGAAUGCGGUGUCGCACUACUGUCAUGCGCUGAAACUACAGAGCCAGCAGGCUUCGAUACUAGACGCCGUGUUUCUUUCAGUCCUAUUUCUCUGUUUUGAGACCUUACGAGGGAACAGGAAAGCUGCGCUGGAUCACAUCAACCAUGGGCUGGCAAUGUUGCUUGCGCUCUUGACCGAUCCAGAUUCUUCUUUGAUGUCAUCAGUGGCCCCGAAUCCAAAACCACUCAUCGCAGUGGUCGCAGAUAUCUUCUCCCAACUACUACCACAAACAAGACUUAUACUACGCGGAAAUAUCGGUCGCAGUCCCGCAGUACCAAACUUCACCAGAGGUCUACGCGCCAAGAAGCAGACAGUCGAGUCUUUCAUGUCUUUGGUUAACCAAAUACCUCGAGAUUACCCGCCGACUGAAGAGCUACCGCCUGUUCUUGACAACCUGGACGACUUUGAGAAAUAUUGGCUGACUGGUCGGAACGCCAAACUUGCUGUCGUUCCUCUACUUAUGGAAGCUGUUCAGAACACCGGCGUUUUGGUCUCAUCGGAUCCUGAUAUUAUUUCCAAAGUUUGGAAGGAAAUCACAGCUGAUCCACGCAUCAAGGAAAUAUGUGAAGCUUCUACGAAGGAGUUAAAGGCUCUCGAAGCUGCUUUCAUGCCCCUUUUCAACCGUGCAAUUAUGUCGGAUGCGAAAUCAACGGACUACAUCAGAGCUAUUCAUCUUCGCUUGCAUUACCUUGGUACAUGCACGUUCGAUGAUCUCACGCAUUUCUACGAUGUAGAACCAAUCCAAGCCAAGACCCCCCUGUUUCGCGAGUUCCUCUCUCUAGCCGAGAUAAGUAUCCGCAUUGCGAAACGGGACUUAAAGAACCCGGCACAACAGCUCUCUUUACAAUGCAAUAUGGCAUCACAUUUAUUCCUCAUCGCAUUAUUCUGUCGCGACGCGCUUCUUCGCGACGAAGCUACAUGGUUGCUGAAAGACUACCCUGGCCAAGACGGGAUCUGGAACGCCCGCUCGCUGUACCUACUAGCGCACAGAAACAAGAUCGUGGAGCGGAUAAAUGCAUCCGAGGGCACGGCCGUAGAGCAGUGGCAUAGGCUACUACGCAGGGAAUAUCUGUUUGAAGAAGGCGGUGACCGGGUUAUUUGGUGCUAUUUGGAUAAGGAUGAGACUACGGGCGAGUGGCAGCUUGUGGAGGAGACGGCCGUAGUGAAGGGAGAGCUUGAUGCUAUCGAGUGGAAGAGAAGACCGCCUUCAGCAGCUGGCAGACCGCUACUGGGAGAUGUAAUUACCCUCUGGCCUGAGUUGGUGGAAUGA